AUGCUUUAUGAGUUAGUAAGUGUAGUUCGUGUCGUUAAUCCACUUGCGGCCAAUGCUGAGGCUAAAGAACUAGCAACGACCAUUGGCAAACUUAUUAUUCAAAACAGAGGGGUCGUGCGAAGACUGUUACCGAUAGGAAACAAGCUACUUCCAAAAAUCAUAAAGAAAGACCAAGAGCAGCACUUUCAAGGCUAUCACUUUCUCAUGCUUUUCGAUUCGUCGGCAGCUGUUCAGUCAGAAAUUUUGCGAACUUUAAAAAGGGACCCCCGUGUCAUUAGAUCGUCAAUCAUAAAGAUGGAUACAGCGAAGCAACUUGACGUGGCGUCGUCCAUAGAAAGAGCGGCAGGUUACAGCAGUAUUUUGGAGAAAGCUAAAAAGGAGUUUUAUUGA